CCUCUAUUACCUGCUUCUCCUCCUCUUGCUCUCUCUUGCCCUCUUUCAUCCCCUUGUCUCAUUGUCUAGCACAAAUACACACCAAGAUGGCUCAACGAAUACCGAACCACCUGGUCUCUAAUACCCUCCUCCCCUAUAUCUCCUCCCCCUCCACUUCUCUCUUCAGACUUACCACCGCAUGCACGUCCUCUUCCCUCACAGAUGCCUCGCGGCCCGCUUCCCGUUCCUUUUCUACCACAAGACCUUCACAAACUAGACUUCGCAGAGAGAUGAUCAGAUGGCUUCGCGGGAAAGGAUCCGAACUGCAACAUCACAUUCCUGGUGAAACCAAUUAUCUCACACACACUAACAAGCCUUUUCCCGCCAACCCUCUCUACCGCAGCGACCCUAUACUCAGCGAGGACCUGCGCAACGAGAUUCAUAACCAGGUGACCGUUCGAAACAAGAGUGUGCGGGCUGUGAGUGUCCUGUAUGGCGUGGAUAUGAGGAGAGUAGCUGCGGUGGUUCGACUAGUCGAGUUGGAAAAUCAGAUGAAAGAACAAGGCAAAUCCCUUGCGCUUCCCUACGCACGUGCCAUUCAUGAAAUGGUUCCCGUCACUCCUCUUCCAGCUGAAUGGGAAAGACGAACAUCCCACGAAACCAUUAAUGACCUACCGGCUCACCGCCUGACCGACCCUCAAAUCUUCUACCCUGUCUCUGAGUCUCGGCAAUUUAACCGUAUUGACGCUGGCCGCGUGUUCUCUGCUGCCCCUGCUAUGGCCAACCGGCAUGCCGAACAGCUUCAAGCUAAUCCCGACGAGACCAUCCGCAAGAUCACUCAGGAGAGUCCUGCAAAGAUUGAGAAGGUCGGCAAGGGCGACGAAGAGCACCAGGUCCUUUUGCCCUCGGACGCUCGUAUCCCUCACCCGCACAUGAUCACUCAUGAGCGCAACCGUCUGACCAUCGGUAAAACUGAGCCCGGCGAGGUCCGUCAGAAGUACAGGGCGCGUCUCGAACAGGAAACCGCGGUAGAGCUGCAGCGCAAGGAACGAUCCCAGCAGCGCCUGGAUAUGAAAACCCAGAAGGUCCAGCCCGAGAAUUCCCGGUUCGAGUUCCGCUUCACAGAUGUGGUUGUCAGCCGGGAAACCACAGGUCUCACUGGCCGGGGUCACAUGGCUCCUGGUCGCCGCUAUGGUGUUCCCAGCUAUGAUCGGAAGAAGGGCCAGGUCAAGAUCCCCACUCGUGUGCAGGUCUAAACCCCUUCCCGAUCCCUCUCUCUCUUUCUCUUUUCUACUUUUUUCGUGAGGUUCUCCUCACCUCAGUGAGGUCUUCGAGAACGAGCCUUGCAUGGAUGUUAUCGGUAUGCCAAUGAUGGGUUUGGGUUGCUUUCCCCCUGCUGAACUGUAUUAUACGGGCGUGUAAUUCCUCUAUUUUUGUGGUCCUUCUAGCUUUGUUUAUGUGUGUGCCGGUUCUUUUCUUUUUCUCCGCCCCAGGAUGGGAUGGAUCUAUUUCAACAGAUUCCCUUGAGCCGGAGUAUUGUAUUUAUACACCCUUUUUCAGAUCCUCUGGUCAACAUUUAUUAUCAACCAGUGCAGAGGAUUUUCUAUCCCAGGUUCUCAUGCCGAAGAUACAAACAAUCAAUCAUCAUAUCAACAUGAC